AUGGCCGCCCUCAGCUUCCUCAGCUCGCUCCUCCUGGCGCUCGCCGCCAUAGCCAGCCCGGUCAUCAUCCCCCGCGCGCCGGUGUCGGUGUCGCUGCUCAAGGAGCUCAACGUGACGAGCGGGCACCAGCUCGUCGCGUCGGGGCGGCAGCGCGCGCAGGCGUUGAAGACGAAGGCGCUGAGGAGCCCGGGCACGGUCGCUGCGGCGAACCUGUCUGAGCCCGUUAUCAACGAGGCGGUUAUCUAUAUUGCGGAGGUGGGCGUGGGGUCGCCGCCGACGACGUACAACCUAAUCGUCGAUACCGGUAGCUCAAACACGUGGGUCGGCGCCGUGACGGAUUACGAGCCGACGAGCUCGUCGCAGUCGACCGGGGAUAUCGUACAGGUUACCUAUGGGUCCGGAUUCUUCAUCGGGCUCGAGUACAUCGACACGGUCACCUUGACCGAUGAGCUGGUCAUCCCUGAGCAAUCCAUCGGUGUUGCGUUCCUUGCUUCUGGCUUCAGCCCUUACGAUGGAAUCCUUGGCAUUGGGCCAACGUACCUCACCUCUGGGACGCUACUGACCUCGAGCGAGGAAAUCCCGACCGUGACUGACAACCUGUACAACAACGGCGUCAUCAGCGAGUGGUCCUUGGGCAUCUCGUUCGCACCAACCACCUCUGAGGAGGUUCAGAACGGUGUUCUUACUUUCGGCGGCGUCGACGACUCGCUUUACACCGGGGAUCUCAAUAUCUUCCCCAAGACGGCCACGGAGCCGGCGACCUACUACUGGGGUUAUGACCAGACCGUUUCAUAUGGCGGCCAAGAAAUUCUCUCGCUCACUGCUGGCAUCACGGACACCGGCACCACUCUCCUCUACCUCGCUACGGACGCGUAUGACGCGUACGUCGAUGCCACGGGCGCCACAUUGGACAGCACGACGGGCCUGCUCUCCAUCUCUGCGUCGCAGUUCGACGCGCUGGAGAGUUUGUUCUUUGACAUCAAUGGGGUCACCUACGAGCUCAUCCCCGACGCCCAGCUGUGGCCUACGGCGCUCAACGAGGCGAUAGGUGGUUCGGCAGACAGCCUGUACCUCGUGGUGUCGGAUCUGGGCACGUCGUCCGGCGAGGGCCUCGACUUCAUCAACGGCUACGCCUUCCUCGAGCGGUUCUACUCCGUGUACGAUAGCGCCAACGCGCAGCUUGGCUUCGCGGAGACGAAUUAUACGAAGGCGACGGUCAACUACCAGUGA